CGCUCCUCCCCUUCAAAGCAAGCGGACCCAAAAUCUGAAGGAGGAGGAAAGAACAAUCAGAGAAGAGGGAAGCCAUGGCGGACUCCGCAAGAGUUACGUCUCACGUUCCUCGAGUCAAGCUCGGGUCUCAAGGGCUCGAGGUCUCACUCCAGGGACUGGGGUGUACGGGUAUGUCUGCCUUCGAUGGCCAUUCCAAGCCGGAGAAGGACCUGAUCGAUCUCAUCUACCACGUCGUUCAUUCAGGCGUCACUUUCCUUGAUACUUCCGACAUCUACAAACCCUGCACCAGCGAUAUCCUUCUCGGGAAGGAUUUUUGUUCGAUGUAGGCUCUGCGAGAAGAGCUUAAAUAGAAAGUUGAGUUCGGAAUCAGAUUCUACGAUGAUGAUGGGAGGAGAGAAAUUUCUGGGGAGCAUCUUAUGUCAGGGCGUCAUGCGAGACCAGCUUGAAGAGACUUGUGGUUGAAAUGCACCUCCUGCAAAAGGAAACAAUAAGGUAAAAACUGAGUAAAAAUAGGAUCUAACAUUUGUAGGAUUUUUAGAUUAAACCCAGAGCAAAUCAUGAUAUCAAACAAUCUCAUACCUUUGUUCAUCCAUUUCCUCCUACCCUUUUU